ACAUUCAAGUCCAGUGUUAUUGUUUUGGGUUUUUACUGCGACUUAAAAUGGAAUUAUCUCUAGCUACAUUUGCGGAGAAAUACCAUAUUAUCUGUCGAUUUUGUCUUUCAGACAAAGGCUGCUUACCAAUAUUUCUAUCAGAUAACAUCUUCAACGAUAAAUUACAGUGUGGUUUUGAUAUCAUAGCGUCAAAGGUUGACGAAAGUGACGGGCUUCCAAACAACAUCUGCAGUAGCUGUUUGAAGUGCAUCGAGAGUUACAUUAGUUUUGAAGUAAAAUGUAGUAAAUCUUACGAAAUUUUGGAACAAGUCUUUGUGCUAUUAUAUGGAAAAGGUAAAGAUGAAGAAGAGUCUUUGGAAAUAUUGAUGGAAGCAGAUUCCUGCUCAAUUUCUGAACAUAUCUCGAAUGAUGAGCAUUUUUCAGUGGAACUAAUCGAAGCACAAAACAAUAGCAGAGUUAAUGAGCAAGGCACCGAAAUGUUGGAGGAAUCUGAAAACGAAAGACAAGAUGAACAGUUGGAAACUGGGGAGAAUUGCAUCGUUGAUCAUGAAGAUGAAGUUCAACAUCUAGAGAUGUAUGAGGACGAUGAGGAGGACAAUGAAUUGUACCAAGAACUAGAGAAGGAAAUCAUAUCGAAUGACCGUAACAAAGGAGAAAUCGACGAAAGUGAAAAUAUCUUACUUCUCGUAAACGAACAUGCAGAAUCAGUAGAGCAUUUAUCCGAUGAACAAAAGCAAAUGUUUCUCACAGCAGCUAAUGCCAAGAUCAAAGACUGGGUUCAUCGUGGCGUACGAAGGAUUCCCGUUGUAGAGUGUACAUUUUGUAACAAAACGUAUCGUGGAAGAAACACACUCCGGAAGCACUUGAAGCUACACUUUAACAUCAAAAAUUAUAACUGUCGCCACUGUACCCGAAGCUUCUCAGAUCGUUCAUCAUUGCGUUUGCAUGAAAUUAGACACUCGGCAGUAAAAUCAUUCAAUUGUGAACAUUGUGAACGUUCAUAUUAUAGUUUAUCCGAGUUAAAACAGCAUUACGUUCUGCAGCAUGAAGAAAGAAAAUUUGCUUGCACCAUAUGUCUUGCCAAAUUUCCCUUAAAGUCGAUCCUGAACGAUCACUCCUUGGUUCACAAACCAGAACGACCGUAUGUUUGUAAUAUUUGUGGGUGUUCUUUUAAACGCAAUCGCAAUCUUGUGCGUCACCUAACAAAUCAUAACGAUGGAAAUGUUAGACAAAAAGUAAAUAGUUGUUUGUUGCGAAAACCGAUCAGUUGUUGGCAUUGCUCGCUGUUUUUUGAGAUCCCUUCCGAAUUACUAAAUCAUAUUGUUGUGCAACACCCUGAAAAGUAUGAACAAACGAAGAAGGGAAGGCACUGCUGCCCAUACUGUAACUUUUUAUUCGAAUCCUUGGAUAAGUGUCUGAUGCAUCAAAACAAACACUUUGUCCUACCAGUCAAUACUACUGGCGGAAAAAUAUACGAAUGCGGCGAAUGUGGACGACAGCUUCGUUAUAAAUCAUUGGCACAGAAGCAUUUGCUAUCACACAAUACUAAGAAGGUUUUUGAAUGUCCGUAUGAAGGAUGUGGCAAAAAAUACAAACAUAAGAUAUUUUAUUCACGUCAUAUGCGAGACGUUCAUAAUUCAGCAAUCGAAUGAGUAAUAAGAAGUAUUUUAAAAAACAUCAUGUAAAUCAUCGAUCGACUACCGAUUCUUUCCCACGUAAGUGCGUAUACACAUCAAUACUUGCGAUAAAACAGCCUAACAAAACAUAGAGAAGCUCAAAAUUCUAUGAGGAAAAACAAAAGCUGCGUCUGAAAAACGGGUUUCCUAAUCUUCUGGAUAUCUUCGGGUCUACUAAUCUGGAUUGUACAACCAGGGUGAAAAUGUAUAAUAAUUCAGCUGAGCGCUAAAAGACCUGUGAGGCUAUGAAAUCCAAGGACAUCCGUUUGUUAAGAUGAACAUGUUUUUGUAAUAAAUGACCAAACAAAAACUCGACGAU